AUGUCUAUCGUUGCUGCUUCAACGACCCUUGUUCCUUCUACAUCAGCCCAUUUGCGUCGACAUCUUGCAGAUUAUCAUCCUACUCUUUGGAAGGAUUAUUUCCUUCAAUCUGCUUCCCAAUCUUUGGAAGUUGAUGAAGAAAUGGGGAAACAAGUUGAAACAGUGAAAGAAGAAGCGGGGAAGAUGCUCAUAUCUACAAGGAUGGAGAAGCCCUCAACCAAAAUAUGUUCAACAAAGUUCAAGGAUGAGCAAGGAAGCUUCAGUGAAAAGAUAGCAUCAGAUGUUGAAGGGAUGUUGAGUUUGUACGAAGCUGCGCAUCUCAGUGUUCAUGGAGAGGACAUUUUAGACGAAGCGCUUGCUUUUACUUUCAAUCGUCUUCAUCGCUCCAUCACCACCAUUGAAUCAAACCCUUUUCUCGCAGCAAAACUCCGCCAUAGCUUAAAGCAGUGUCCUUACAGCUGGGGAUUGCCAAGGCUAGAGGCACGAAAGUACAUUUCCAUAUACCACUUGAAUCCCUCCUGUAAUCAAGUUCUUCUGAAGCUGGCGAAAUUAGAUUUCGAUAUGUUCCAAAAACUGCAUCAGAAGGAGUUCGGCAAUCUCUGCAAGUGGUAUAACAAAUUGGAUGUGCAAAGAAAUCUUUCAUAUGCAAGAAACAGGAUCGUCGAACUAUGCUUUUGGAUUCUUACGGUUUAUUUUGAGCCUCAGUACUCUAAAGCUAGAAGCAUAAUGACCAAAGUGAUUGCCCUACUAUCCAUCAUUGAUGAUACAUUCGAUGCGUAUGGAACUAUCGAUGAACUAGAACUCCUCAACGAGGCAAUCCAGAGGUUUAUAUCAGUUCUGAUCUGA